AUGGCGGUCACUUCGUGGGGAAUUCUCUCCAUAGGGGAGCCGAAGCGAUCUGGGAUCUGCCUUGAGAACGCUGCACUCGCAGUAUCGGAUGUGAGGGCAGUAUACCGACGGGUCGCGCAAGCGGCCAAGAAGGAAAAUGUUACGGAAUGGAGUCGUCCACCGAGCCACGUGUUGCCGCUGCGGCGGUCGCACAUCCAAGUCCUGAGGGUCGCGCAAGCGACCAAGAGGUGGGCCAUCGUUGCGGAUGGAUGA